AUGGCCUUUCAUGGAAUUAGAGAAUUGGAGAAUUAUUUUGUGCCUUUUCUACAGCGAUUCAAAAGCCUAGGAGAAUGGAAGAAAAUCCAUGCCUCCAUCAUCGUACAUGGACUGUCUCAAAGCAGCUUUAUGGUCACCAAAAUGGUGGAUGUCUGCGAUAAGAUUGGAGAUAUGGAGUGUGCAACCCGUCUUUUCAAGCAAGUAGCGAAUCCUAAUGUCUUCUUGUACAAUUCAAUCAUUCGAGCUUAUGCCCACAAUUCCUUGUAUCGCGAUGUGAUCCGUAUCUACAGGCAGCUGCUCAGGAAGAGCCUUGACCUUCCCGAUCGGUUCACUUUUCCGUUUAUGUUCAAAUCUUGCGCAAGCAUUGGAUCCUAUUACUUAGGGAAGCAAGCUCACGGUCAUCUCUGCAAAUUCGGGCCUAAAUUCCAUCUUGUGACAGAGAAUGCGCUGAUUGAUAUGUACAUGAAGUUUGAUGAUCUUGCUGAUGCACAUAAAGUGUUCGAUGAAAUGUCUGUGAGAGAUGUUAUAUCGUGGAAUAGUCUGCUCUCUGGGUAUGCUCGGCUUGGGCAGAUGAAGAAAGCAAAAGCCCUGUUUCAUUCAAUGCCUGAUAAAACGAUUGUAUCUUGGACUGCGAUGAUCUCUGGGUACACCGGGAUUGGGUGUUACGUAGAAGCCAUGGAGUUCUUCCGUGGAAUGCAGUUAGCUGGUAUCGAGCCUGAUGAGAUCAGUCUCAUCUCUGUUUUACCAUCGUGUGCUCAUCUCGGAUCUCUGGAGCUUGGGAAAUGGAUCCAUAUGUAUGCAGACAGAAAGGGAUUUCUGAAACAAACUGGUGUUUGCAAUGCACUUAUCGAGAUGUACUCGAAAUGCGGUCUGAUUAGUCAAGCAAUCGAAUUGUUCAGCCGAAUGAAGAGGAAAGAUGUUAUAUCAUGGAGUACAAUGAUCUCAGGGUAUGCACAUCACGGGAACGCUCACCAAGCUAUCGAAACAUUUAACGAAAUGCAGAGAGCGAAGGUGAAGCCUAAUGGGAUCACAUUCCUUGGCCUUUUAUCAGCUUGUUCACAUGUUGGCUUGUGGCAGCAAGGUUUGAAGUAUUUUGAUAUGAUGAGAGAGGAUUAUCAGAUAGAACCCAAGAUCGAACACUAUGGUUGUUUGAUCGAUGUUUUGGCAAGAGCAGGAAAACUGGAACAAGCUGUUGAGAUAACCAAAACAAUGCCGGUGAAACCUGACUCUAAGAUUUGGGGAUCACUGUUGAGUUCUUGCAGGACACGAGGCAAUCUCGAUGUUGCUCUGGUCGCGAUGCAUCAUCUUGCUGAGCUAGAGCCAGAGGAUAUGGGGAAUUAUGUUCAGCUCUCCAAUAUUUAUGCAGAUUUGGGGAAAUGGGAAGAUGUUUCCAGAAUGAGGAAGCUGAUAAGGAACGGAAACAUGAAGAGGACGCCAGGUUGUAGCUUGAUAGAGGUAAACAAUGUUGUUCAAGAAUUUGUUGCGGGAGAUGAUAGUAAACCUUUUUGGACUGAGGUCUCUUCAGUGUUGCAACUGUUUUCUGUACAUCAGGCUCAGGAUGUGAUUAAAAACAACGGUAAUCUUGCAAUUUUAUAGGCAAGGUUUAAAGUCGUUUCGAUUAUUAUAGAAAAAAGCAACACAAUUUUAUUACGA